AUGUCAGAAAAAGUGUUGGAUAUCAGUACUCUUCCCAAAUCAGUGGACAGAUACCCAAACCCAUUGGCCAAUUUAACUAGGGGUGUUGGUUAUCCAGCCUGGACACCAAUUGAUACCAAAGGAGAAACUUGGAGAAUUUUUAGAUUCGGUUUCAUGACCACUGCAACCACUUAUGCAUUAGCUUAUUUCUGGAGAAGAGUCGCAUUCAGUUUACAACAACCAGCAAUCUUAGUCAGUAUGUUUACAAUUGUCAAGGGAGUUCGUAGUUCCCUUGCUAAUAUUAGAGAAAAGAAUGAUAUUUGGAAUACUUUUUGGGCUUUUGGUGCUGCCAACACCGCGGUUAUGACUGUUGGAUUCAAGAAUAUUCCAGUUAAACAUAGAAUUAUGAGUGCUGUAGGUUUUACUUGUCUUACUUCUGUGAUUGAAGCUACUUGGUAUGCUCAAUCUACAAGUUCAAUUGGUAAGAACUUUACAUUUAAAGUUGCCAAUGCAGAAGGUGAUGAAAAGCAAGAGUUCUGGGAUGUCUGGAUGAGAAGACCAUUGAGUGCCACAAUUGAAGACUUGGGUGUUGGUCGUGGUAUUUUGAAACCAUAG